GGCCCUCUCUAGGUCUCUAGUAGCUUCCGCGGCGCUGACGCAAGCUUGCGCACACAACUCAGCCUGGCGCGUCGUACGCAGCAUCCGCGAGCCCGGCUGCGGGUGCCAGGCGGUUCCCCCGCGGGGGGCAGGGGCGGGACUCCCGGCUGUGGAGCUCGGAGGAGGAGGGCCGCCUGACGGCUGAGUUGCCAUGGCAUCCUACUACGAGAUUCUAGACGUACCGCGGAGUGCGUCUGCUGAUGACAUCAAGAAGGCGUACCGAAAGAAGGCUCUGCAGUGGCACCCAGACAAGAACCCAGAUAAUAAGGAGUUUGCUGAGAAAAAAUUUAAGGAGGUGGCAGAGGCCUAUGAAGUACUAUCGGACAAACACAAACGGGAAAUCUAUGACCGCUAUGGCCGGGAAGGGCUGACUGGGGCAGGAACUGUUCCCUCUCAACCAGAAACUGGUGGCAUGGCACCUGGCUUCACGUUCACCUUCCGAAGCCCUGAGGAAGUCUUCCGGGAGUUCUUUGGGAGUGGAGACCCUUUUUCAGAGCUCUUUGAUGACUUGGGCCCCUUCUCGGAGCUUCAGAACCCGGGUUCCAGACACUCUGGCCCAUUUUUCGCCUUUUCUUCCUCGUUUCCUGGCCAGUCUGAUUUCUCCUCGUCAUCUUUCUCCUUCAGCCCUGGGGCUGGUGCUUUUCGUUCUGUCUCUACAUCUACUACCUUUGUCCAAGGACGCCGCAUCACCACACGCAGAAUCAUGGAGAAUGGGCAGGAACGGGUAGAAGUGGAAGAGGACGGACAGCUGAAGUCAGUCUCAAUCAAUGGUGUCCCAGAUGACCUGGCACUAGGCUUGGAGCUGAGCCGUCGUGAGCAGCAACCUUCAGUCACCUCCAGAUUGGGGAGCACACAGGUCCAGCCGACCCCUGUCUCCCGCCCCCCUGACGGCACCCUUUCUGAGGACGAGGACCUGCAGCUUGCCAUGGCCUACAGCCUGUCAGAGAUGGAAGCAGCUGGGCAGAAGCCAGCAGGUGGGCGGGGGGCACAGCAACGAUGGCAGGGGCGGUCCAAGGCCCAGCACCAAGACCUUGAUAUGGGAGGCACUCAUAAGGGGGUGAGGGGCCAACCAACCAAACCCAGCCCAUCCUCAGAGGAGAAGGCCUCUCGUUGCCUCAUUCUCUGAAAACCAGGCCAAGCCUGACCUGAUUCAGGUCCUGACUCAGAGUCCAGCUCACUGUGGGGACUGCAGAACGGAGUGUGGCCUGAGUUGCAGGGUCCCAAAUUCUCUCCCUCCACAAAUUUCCCUCCCAGGCCUACCAUCCUGUAGUGCGGACCGGGGAUUUAUUGUGCUCUGUCCAGGGCUGAUAAGUCCCUGUGUAACGCCCAGGACUGCGGGUGUCAGGGCCAUGGGAGGGCCUGUGGAGCCCAGAGGCACUGGUUGGAUCAGGCAUUGCUGAGGGACAUCAGUGGUUUUGGGUGGGACUUUUGUGCCUGUCUGCUUCCACCGUCUAUGUUACUGAUGUCAAUGAAGGGGACUUGGCCCGCUGUGCUCUGAGCUCCCCUGGGGAGCCGUGCAGGCUGAGGGGAGGUCCUCGUGGUUUCCGUGCAGAAAUGAGUUCUCACCCCUGCCGUGUCUUUCCCCUCUGGUGCUGCUCUCCUGCUGCUCUGCUCUCUGCGAUCCUGUGACUGCAUCGCUUGCUUUUGCUGCUGCUUGGCUAGGACUCCCUCCUCCUCCUCUUUGAAGCCUCAGUGUGCACAGGAAGAUGCUGGGGCCAGUGGGGCCAUGAAAUCUUCUAGGGAGGCUAGCUGGGUGGGGUGGAAGCCUCUCAGCCCUCCAGAGUCUCAACCAGAGUCAACUCCUCUUCCCUCCUCCUUGCUGCCUCAGCCUGCCCUGGCCACAGGACUAGGCAGAGGUGAGGCUGGCUGUCCUUGGAGAGGCGGGAUAGGGCCAGGGUGACCCGGUGGGAGGCCUAGGUGGGGACUAGAUCUGUACUCCCUGUCCGUCACUCACGCAUCAGAGCUCAGGGCUUGGCCUAGGUGUGCAUGCUCGGCUCCACCCUCCAUCUGCUUGCAGCUGACCCACUCUCCUGUCACCCACCCCUGCUCUCUCCCCAGAUGUGUUCUGAGCUGGAUAUCCUGGAUACAGAGUUGCUGCAGUUCCAACAGGACAGCGCCCUCCCCAAUGUGCUAGGAGGGAACACUACAUCCCUCUCCCUCACUUAUGCUGAGUGUAGGGCUGGGCCCUGGGUGGUGUGGGUGGGGACUGAGUGGGAGGCACCCAUAGUCUUAGCCUCUGAACUCUUUCCCCUGGGUGCUUAGCACUGUCUCUUGUGGAUUACAAGUCCCAGAGUGCAAUGCACCCUGGCCUCAUUUCUGAUAGCUCUUAUCCCAGGGGAAUUGGUGCUUGGUUAUAAAGCUGGGCUUCUUGGGAUAUGUAGUUCCAAACCUGACCAGCCUGUCACUCUCUCCGAAUGGGGAGAUCUUGUCUUUCAUCUUGUCCCUGGAAGGGGUGGUGACAAUUGUGGAUGAAGGAGAAAAGACCAGAAACUUAGUUCCUCUGAUAUUUCUUGCUAGACACAGGUUGGAGUGAGCACACCCGAGUCCUGUAGCAUCUGAGAGGUGGUUUCCCUUGGGUAGCUGGAGGUCCAAGGACUAAGCUAGUGGGGCAGUGGAUGGAGUAGGUAUAGCAUGGUCCUGGAAGGCUGAUGGCUGUGGGCUGGCAGAGUGUGGAAAAGGCUGCCUUGGCUGGAGUGUGUAUGGCGAAGAUUGGCAUGCAGAGGGAGUGUUGGACAUAUUGCUUGAAUGGCUUUCUUUGACCUCUGACCUUGCUACCCAUUCUUUCUAUCAUCAUUCAUCUUCCAUGAGCCACCUGUCUGCCUCCUGCCUGGGGAGUCCAAGGCCAGUGAGGGGAUUGGUGGGACAGGCUGCGGCCAGCUUCUGUUAAUGCUAAGCCCCUAAGACCCACCAAAGCCAGAUGAACUGAGCUCAGACUCAGGGAAAGUGGAAGCCAAUAAAGUGGAGUUUUG